GAGUUGUGGGAGCAGCCCGGAAGCCACAGUGGUCUCACUGGUCACACUGGGAGCCCAGGUCGUCCUCGUUAGAGCAGAGCCUGGACGAUGCAAUAACGAACCCCACGUUCCAGGAAAGCAGAAGUGGCCAAUCCGUUCCAGGAACCUGCCCAAGCUUCCCUCACGCUGCAGCCAUAAAAGCAGGAGACACCGGGCGAGGGGACAGACAGAAGGACCCUGAGGGACCCGGCUGCCUCCACACACGUCACCCACCCAGAGACACCUCGGCCACCGGCUCGAGAGCUAUCGCAGCAGGAUGGGUGCUGGGCCCACACGUCAACGCCUGCUCGGUUGCCUUCUCCUCCUGGCCUUCCUGGGGGUCGAUUCCCUGCCCGCCGACCGGAUCCUGGAGGAACGUGCUGGCACCUCCAUCCUGGCAGCAGCACCCGAUGUCCAGCCCUACGUCCUGCAAGAGCCCCCCGUGAGGGCGCACAUCUGCCCCCACAACUGGAUCCACUUCAGGGGCCACUGCUACGGGUACUUCACCCAGAGGAAAACCCAGGCCGAGGCGCAGGAGGAAUGCAACCGCUACGGCCCCACGGGGACUCUGGCGUCCAUCCACACCGAGGGGAGCAGCGUCGUCCUGGGCGAGUACGUGGCCUCCCAGCAGGAUAGAGCCAACGUCUGGAUUGGCCUGAAGGACGAGGAGCACACCGGGACAUGGAGGUGGUCGGAUAGCUCCGUCCUGGACUACCUGCACUGGGAUUGGGGUCAACCCGUCCAAUGGAGGAACUGGUACUGUGUGGUCCUCGGGCAGAACUCAGCUUUCCAGUAUUGGCGCAACUACUCCUGCCAGGAGCAGUUCCCCUUCCUCUGCCAGUACCAGGUGUGAGGGGGGGCUGCCCCUCACCUCUCUGCUCCCAUGGGGUCACCCCCCCCACCCCGCACCCCCCAAUUCCUUCUCCCAACCCUGCA